GCGAGCCAGCGGGCUGCGGCGGGGCCUGCGCGCCGGAAGUGAGCGGCCGGGGAGAGCCCGGCCCGGCGCGGCGCGGCGCGGCGCGGCUGGGGGCUGAGUCAGGCACUGGGGCGUGGGGAGAAGACGCGCCGCAGCCUCCGGCCAGGGACGCGCUCGGGCUGCCAGGCGGGGGCGGCUCCGCGCUGAGCAAAGGGGCCGGGAAGCGCCGCCACCAUUAGCCGGGCGGCGAGAGGAGGAGCCGGAGGAGCCGACCUCGAGCCGCCGCCGCAUGUUACUCAACUCGCACGUGGAACAGCCAACUCUAGAGUGAAAGAUGGAGCAAUUAUCAGAUGAAGAACUUGAUCAUGGUGCAGAAGAAGAUAGUGAUAAGGAAGACCAAGAUCUGGACAAGAUGUUUGGACAAUGGCUUGGGGAGCUGGACAAACUCACACAGAGUUUGGAUACAGACAAGCCCAUGGAGCCAGUAAAGAAAUCCCCUCUUCGCCAAGAAACCAAUAUUGCCAAUUUCUCCUAUCGCUUCUCCAUGUACAAUUUGAAUGAAGCCCUGAAUCAGGGGGAUACUGUGGAUCUGGAUGCCCUCAUGGCUGAUCUUUGUUCUAUAGAGCAGGAGCUUAGCAGCAUUGGGUCACAGUCAGCAAACAGUGCUGCAAUGAAACGUCUAGCCACAGAAACAAAAGUAGCUCAGAAACCACCUGCUGGUCGACUUUCCUCUAAACAAAGCAGUAUAAAAGGAUCGUCCUCUUCAUCUGGUAGGGUAACUAAGCCUUCAAAUGCCAACUUUUCCUUGGAGGACAUCACUGCCCAGUUAGAGAAGGCUUCUUUGAGCAUGGAUGAAGCAGCCCAGCAAUCUGUAAUGGAAGAUGCUAAACCUGUAGUUACUGCUCAGCACAGAAGGACAGCAUCAGCUGGCACAGUGAGUGAUACUGAAGUGCGCUCCAUCAGUAACUCAUCCCGUUCCAGCAUAACCUCUGCAGCAUCCAGCAUGGACUCCUUGGAUAUUGAUAAAAUGACAAGACCUCAGGAACUGGAUUUGACACAGCAAGGCCAACCGAUUACUGAGCAUAAUGUUUCUGUGAGACAUCCCAUCAGGCAGUCCAAGCGUCACAUUGACGUCACAGAAGAGGAGGCUGAGCUGACUCCUCACUCCUAUCUGGACAGGGAAACAUCCCUUCUUCUGAGAAACAUUGCAGGAAAGCCUUCUCAUUUGCUGACCAAGGAAGAGCAGGCUGCUAAACUGAAAGCUGAGAAGAUCAGGGUUGCUUUGGAAAAGAUUAAAGAGGCACAAGUGAAAAAGCUGGUAAUUAGAGUUCACAUGUCUGAUGAUAGCUCCAAAACUAUGAUGGUGGAUGAGAGACAGACUGUAAGACAAGUACUGGACAAUCUGAUGGACAAAUCCCACUGUGGCUACAGUUUAGACUGGUCACUGGUAGAAACCAUAUCUGAAUUACAAAUGGAGAGAAUCUUCGAGGACCAUGAAAAUUUAGUUGAAAAUCUUCUAAACUGGACAAGAGACAGUCAAAACAAACUUAUAUUUGUAGAACGUAUAGAAAAAUACGCACUUUUCAAAAAUCCCCAGAACUAUCUGCUGGGGAAAAAAGAAACCUCUGAGAUGGCAGACAGAAAUAAAGAAGUGCUGCUGGAGGAAUGUUUUUGUGGAAGUUCUGUAACAGUGCCAGAAAUAGAGGGAGUCCUGUGGCUGAAAGAUGAUGGCAAGAAGUCUUGGAAGAAGCGUUAUUUUCUUUUGCGAGCUUCUGGAAUCUACUAUGUCCCUAAAGGAAAAGCAAAGGUGUCACGGGAUCUGGUGUGCUUUCUUCAGCUAGAUCAUGUCAAUGUUUACUACGGACAGGACUAUCGGAACAAGUACAAAGCACCAACAGAUUACUGUUUAGUGCUGAAGCACCCUCAGAUCCAGAAGAAGUCUCAGUAUAUCAAAUACCUCUGCUGUGAUGAUGUAAGAACUCUACACCAGUGGAUAAAUGGCAUCCGUAUUGCUAAGUAUGGGAAGCAACUAUAUGUGAACUAUCAGGAAGCACUGAAGAGGACAGAGUCAGCGUAUGACUGGACUUCCUUGUCCAGCUCCAGUAUCAAGUCAGGAUCCAGCUCUUCCAGUUUACCAGAGUCUCAAUCAAAUCACUCUAAUCAAUCUGACAGUGGAGUUUCUGACACCCAGCCAACUAGCCAUGUCCGUUCCCAAAGUAUUGUCAGCUCUAUCUUCUCUGAGGCCUGGAAGCGAGGCACUCAGCUGGAAGAGUCCAGCAAGGCCAAAAUGGAGUCUGUGAGCCGACCCUUCACUUCACUUGCACCUGCUGUGUCCCCACAAAUUAAAAUGGCUACCCCAUACACAGCUUCUCAGCCAUCGCCUCCCCUUCCACCACCCCCACCGCCACCACCCCCACCUCCUCCACCCCCUCCCCCACCGCCUCCGCCUCCUCUUCCCAGCCAGUCUACGCCUUCAACAGGCUCAGCAGCCCCCCUGUUUGUCAAGUACAGCACGAUCACAAGGCUGCAGAAUGCCUCCCAGCAUGCUGGGCCUCUCUUUAAACCUCCCCCCAUCUCCCAGCAAAUGCCGCCACCACCACCCCCAACACUGGGGAAGCUACCCAUGUUGGUGGCUCCCCCUCCUCCUCCACCCCCUCCUCUACCAACCCCCGGAUCAGCUAUGGCACAGCUGAAACCAAACCCCUGCACCCCGUCAGUGCCACCAUUCACCCCCCCAACUCCUCCUCUCAAAAUCCAUCAGGUUCCACAGAACGUUACUCCCGUUGCUGCAUCAUCACCACCCCCUCUCCCUCCCCCUGUGCCUGCAGUGCCUGCCCCCCCAGCCCCUCCUAAACCCCUCCUGCCUGUCCCCACGCAGGUGAGUGCAAAGGCAGCAUCGCCCAUUGUGACCCACAUCCCACCACCCGGGCCCGUUCCCCCUCCUGCAAUAAAAAAGCAGCCAAAUUUCACAGCGUCCCAAGUUCCUCCACCAACACCUAUUCCUCUGGGGCCUACUCCCCCACCCACCUUACCAAAACAGCAGAGUUUCUCCGUUAAACCUCCCCCAUCCCCACAGUCUCCUGUGCUGUCUGUUGUGAAGCAGAUAGCCAGUCAGUUUCCACUCCCCCCGACCCCUCCAGCCACAGAGCCUCAGCCUUUAAAGCCUGUCCCAGUAAGUGUGGUGCCACAGUCUCCCCCAGCAGUGAAAGCAAAGCCCAAGUGGCAGCCCACCUCUGCUCCGUCUCCUGAUUUUCCUCCUCCUCCACCUGAGAGCAGCCUAGUGUUUCCUCCGCCACCUUCCCCAGCUCCCUCUGCAGUUUCUCCUACCCUGGAUAAGGCAGGAUCUCCAGUCAAAAAGGCCAGCAAGACCUCAAGUCCUGGAGGGAAGAAACCACCUCCAACACCUCAACGAAACUCCAGCAUCAAAUCCAGCAGCUCUGCCGAGUACCAUGAAUCUAAGAGACCUUCGGUGGACAGCCUUGUCAGCAAAUUUGCACAUCCACCAGAGCCUUCAGGAUCUCCUUCCAAGGAGUCUCCACCUCCUCCUGGAGCUCCUCCAAAGCCAGGAAAGCUAAAUCUUUCUGGGGUGAAUCUGCCUGUAGUUCUUCAGCAAGGAGGUAUUUCAGCAAAGGUACCUGCAGUAGGAGUGCCUGAGAGGGAUCCCAUAGUAGAAUUUCCUUCUCCUCCGUCCGAUUCGGACUUUCCGCCACCUCCACCAGAAAUAGAUCUGCCUUUACCACCAGUAGAGAUCCCAGCUGUGUUUUCAGGUAGCACUUCUCCAAAAGUUGCUGUUGUUAAUCCCCAGCCUCAGCCCUGGUCUAAAUCAUCAGUGAAAAAAGCCCCUCCACCCACACGUCCCAAGCGGAAUGACAGCACCCGGCUUACACAGGCAGAAAUCAUGGAAUCACAGGGGCCAGUCAGUCCACAAGUGCCCACCUCGCCCAAGUCCAGCCUUAGUGUUCAGCCUGGCUUCCUGGCAGACCUAAACAGGACUCUACAGCGUAAGUCCAUCACUCGGCAUGGCUCCCUCUCUUCUUCCCGUGUGUCCAGAACAGAGCCAACUGCCACGAUGGAUGACAUGGCAUUGCCUCCGCCCCCACCGGAACUGCUUGCGGACCAGCAAAAGACUGGCAGCUAUGGAGGCAGUCAUAUAUCAGGCUAUGCAACGUUGCGGAGGGGGCCACCACCUGCUCCCCCCAAAAGGGAUCAGAACACCAAGCUUUCUAGGGACUGGUAAUCGUUAGGUGAACUAUAUUUGCAUGACUUUCAGUCAAUUCUACAAUCAGCAAAUCUGUACUUUGUGUAGAGAGAGAAUAUGUGACUUGUGCGAUAACAUGAUCAAGACGUGAUCUCCCACUGUUACUAAGGGUAACUGUAUGCAUUCCCUUUCAGAACUAGUCCAAAAAGUUUGAGGGUUUGGGUUUGAUUAUUUCAAGGGGGUGGAGGGGCAUUGUCCUCUCCCUUGCAAUUUCUUUUAUCCUUCAUUUGGAUUGGACCAAAAACCUUUCUUACUUUUUUCUGCAUUUAAGAAAAAAAGAAUUUUUGUAGUGUCUGUCCAUGUGAGAUAUGUUUGUGCAUGUAUUAUAAAUGUAGUUAUAUAAUAGAUUGUGAUAUAUUACGUCGCAGUUAUAGAAGAUAACCAGAAUGUUUUUGUCGAUCUGUAUUUAUUGUUUCAGUCCACUGGCGUAUGUAUUACUAGGAAUUGGACUCUAACCAGUCAAACCUUUACAUGAAGAUGUAGGGGGCACUUUAAAUCAGAAAAGCAUCUUUUGGCAGUUUGUGACGGGUAGAUGGUACAGCACUGAAGCAUUCUGUCAGUAUCUGUACAUUGUCAAUGGAGUGAAAAUACAGACACAACAUACCAAAACAUUCUGGUCGUAAUACUACUGAAAAUAAAUACAUUUUGAGCAACAACAAAAAAGUUAUAUAUGGGCUGGAGUGAAAUAUAUUUAUACUAUAAAGAGCCUCCCCUCCAAAUAGUUGAAAACCACUCUGAGCUCCAAGUUCCUUGUCCAUACGGUAAGUGGGAUACAUGUAUUUAUUCCAAUCCAAUAUGCCUUCUAAUGUGUUAAAAAGCCUGGUAGCGUAUUUGUACUGAUAAGGAGAAAUGAUAUGUUUACUCAUUGUGAGAGCUGUCUGGAGCUCCUACACUCAUUGCUGGGCCACAAUUCCUUACUUUGACACAUUGGGAGGCUCUGCUGCCCAGCACCAAAGGUUUAACGAUGUGUCAUGUGAUGCAUCAUCAAUACAUGUGUACAUCUUAUUGAAAAUACAGUAUAUUUCUGUAUUCAGUAAUACUCUCUGCCACAUGCACACACCAUAUAUAGAUGCUCACCUUAUCUGUGCCUGAAGAGCUGAAUGAUCUUUACAAAAAAUGGCUGAGAACCCUUAAGGAAGCAUUGUUUGUAAUUUGCCAGCUGUGAGCUAGAAGCUUUCAUUUGGGGAGGGAAGGAUGGGAGUGGUAAUUUCAGCCCACAAAUAGCUGGUAACCUGUUUUCUUUGACCUUUUGAGACGGCAACGAAUGCAUAAGCCUAUUAAUUAACAAAUUGCACUUCUGGCAGUCAUGGAAGAUGACUGAAAAAAAUAUAUAAUUUGGGAGCUGAUAAAAUCUGUUAGGAAUCCAGUUACAGCAUCAGGGGCCUUAUUAGGUGGAAAUAGAAUACUUUAUUUGAUUUGUUAUUUAUUUGCUGCUGAUUACAACCAUAAGGUCAAAAUAAUAGAAUCCUUUUUCUUGUAAUCUGCUAGUUUUUGAUUGUGCAGUCUUACCCGGGUAUCGGACAUUGUGAUAUGGUAGUAUAGUUAGUAUAAGCGAUCUUGCGUCUCGUGCACGUGCAGUACAGUGUACGUUGUAAAAUAACUCCAAUAUUAGCGCUGUACCUUAACAUGCUAGUUUGUGUGAAUUUCCCUGAUCACUAAAGGGACACUAUCAAGAUUGGGGUGGUCAGAUUUUUACCUUUUCUUCAAAAAUAAAUUCUAAAUGCUCUCAUUUUUUUCUAAACCAAGAAAGCAGCCCAGAAAUCACAAGCAAUGCUGCAAUAGAUCAUGUAUGUCGAUACAGUAGAAACUAAUAUUUGGUGAGAGAGAAUAUUUGCCAUUUGGGCUUGUCGAUGUGAGAAGCAUCGUUACAGCAUUCCCCCCUUUUAAAAGUGUAAUAAUAAUCCACGUGAGGAAAUGAGUAUUUGACUAGGAAAGAAGCUGUCACAAAACAUCUAUACUUGUAUAGUGUUGUUAUAUAAGUGCAUUGUGAAAAGAGAAAAUGCGUGCUGCUGACCUGUUUCAUAUGAUUCUGAACCCACUUCAGCACCUCCAGCAGCUCCUGGAAAUCGUUCUAAUAUUUUAGAGUAGUUUAUUUGAGCAAUAAGAAUAUACCAUUGUGUGCAUUUUUAAAGCACUGCUGUGGAAAGGCACUUUUUUGUAUCUUUCAAACUAUUCACAAAAGUUUUGUUUCUAUUUUUGUGCUUAUAAAGUGUCCUUAAAAGCAUUGGCAUUGUUGAUUUUAAGCAUGCUCAGUUAGCUGAUUAGUGUCUUAGUAACAAGACUGUUGAACUAUGCGACAAUUAAUGGGUGCUGUAAUUUUCUACGUUGUUCCCUUCUGCUGCUUGUACUGUAUGCUGGCCCUUGAUCUCGCGCCUUCCAGUGGAGUUAAAGGUGCACAGGUAGGAAUUCUAGCCUCAUAGUUUUUAUUGAUAAGUUUACCUACUGAUCACUGCCAGUGUGCACCCAUGUUCUCUGGGAUCUAAAUCAGUUAAUUCUUUUAUCUUCAUCCUCCCCUCCCUCUUAAUAACUCCACUGGCGUGUCAGCCCGAUCAUUCUUCCUUUUGUUCAUUUGAUGUAGGUGCCUCUGGGAUCUGCACUUGUUCGUAAUUAUGGCAGAGGAAUGUCUUGAAUGCAAUUUUUUCAAAGGCAGAUGAGAAUUGUUCUCCUUUUCCUAUGAUCAAGUUCAUUUGUCUAAUAUUUGUUUCCCAUGGGACCAUGAAUCUGUGCUCAUUAAUGCAGGCCACUGAACAGUUUGCUGGAAGUCAGAAAACAGAACUCCAUAUUUGCAGCAAAAAGAGUGAGCGUCAUCCAGGGAACAGGAAUUAAUCUUUUUGUUAUUUGUUAGCUUUGGGCAAUCUGACAACCUUUUGUGUCUUUGAAGAAUUGUUAAUGCAACGAAUUUCAACAGUUCCCAUGUAUUUUAUUUCUGUACCUGCAUGAGUUAUAUAAACCAAAAGAUGCAGUGCUCUUUUAAAAUAGUGUCACUGCGGGGUGGGGUUUUUGAAGCUUCUCCUUGAGUUCUGAGUUUCCCACCCGUUGUUUUUCAGCAUUUGUGUUCUUGGCAAAACUCAACUUCAAGAUGCUGUAGUCUUUGCUAGUGUCUGUCCCCAGUCCAAUGUUGGUACAAGCCAAGUAGUAAAAACUGGCUGCAACGCUCUCAUUGCAGUGUACUGAAACUAGACCACAGGGUGGCAAAAAUUAAAUAACCUGGUUGCCAUUGCAAACCUUGAGAAUCCUGAUAGUAACUUGCUUUUCCAACUUAUUUGCUGUUCUGUUCUAGUGUUCAAAUAUAUAAGCCCUGUUUGCGAGUAAUUUUCUGCCUGCAUGUUGAUUUGGAAAUUGCCCCAUUUCUUCCUUCUCUUUUAACCUCUUUGCUUCCCCUCUCUCUCUCUCUGAUAGCGAGAAGUUAGUUUCUGCAAAGAAUAUUGACCAUAAUUCCUUUUGGAUUGAGUAAGCAUAGCACCUUGGAGCUGAACAGCCAUACUUUAGACAAAUGGAACAGAUGGUUUGAUCCUACAUUAUUAACAAAAUACAGGUGUCGUUUAAAUUACUUUUAAACAAAUAUUUACCACUUGCUAGGACCUCCACUCAGAAUGCUUUUUCUCUUGCAAGAGCAGCUGAUCCCAGAGCUGCAUUGCUUAGCCUGUUGUGAUGUUUCUCUACCUAUUUUCCCAUCUGGAAAAUGGGGAUAACUCCCGUCUACCUCACCAGGGUGCUGUGGGAACUAAUUAAUGUUUGAAUAUGUAAAACGGUAUUUUCAGAAGUCUUGUAGGAGAAACACAAGCCCUACCAUAGAUGCUAGUAUGGAAGCACAAGAGAGAGUGACAUCCAUGUAAGAAAAUGUGAAUAUUCUAGUCAGCCUGUGUAUGUUGUUAAUGAUUUAGAAUCUGAAGCUCUUUUUAUUUUAAAAAAAACUUUAAUCAGGAAACACUGAUGGGUCUGCAAAGUGCUUUUGGAGUUGCAGCUGCCUGAGGGACUAGAAUUGUUGUGAGAAUAAAAGGUGGGGUGUGUUUUUUCAGAGAAUUUUGCUAAACCUAAGCCAGCCAAGACAGGACAGAAGUGUUUUCAAUACAGCAAGGCCAGGCAGUGAUGCUUUAGGUUAGCACCUACUGUAUGUCAGUACUGAGAAACACAAAAUAGGCAGGAAGAAAUCACUGAGUGAAGGAGGUAGUGACAUGAACAUAUAACAAAGUGACAGCCUGCUAGAUUUCUCUUGUGUUUGGGACAAGGUGGAACUCUAGGGCUAAAGGGCAAGUCUGAGACAUCGGAAUAAGUACAGUGAGAAUUGAUGAGGUCAGAAAGUAAGUGGGGGAAAGAGAAGAGAGGACUAGGGAACAGCUCUGUAAAACAAGAAAUAAGAGGAAUUGGAGCCAAGUUCGGUUAUCCCGUCUAAUGUUGUCAGAGCAAGUAGCAACCACUAGUUACUAAGUGCCACAGCCUAGGAGAAGGGGGCAGAAUUCAUUCAAUCCAAACACUUUCAGUCAGAAGAAAGUAAAAAGCCAAGCCUGUAUUGAAACAGAGCCAGUGGAGGACCAGAAACCAGAGAGCUACUUAGGGUAAAUUACGAUGACUCUAAAACACAGACUUGGCCCAUCCCAUUGCUCACCUGGGAGAAAGUUAUCCUGGUGCUGCUUCUCCUUGGUAGCACAAAGGGCCAGCCAGCUAAAUUUCUGUGUCUGUGUUUUAAUUGCAGCAGGAGCCAUAGUUAGUCCUGUGGUAUAUUUUGCUGGGACUCAGUUACUUUAGAAAGACCGACCAGGCUUAAUUUCAUAGUCUGUCAAUUAACUACAAAAAGUACUUUUUAAUAUAUCGUUGAUCAACUCUGAAUAAAGAUCGUAACAGUUAUUGUUUGAGUGACUGAAAUGCAGGUGUUUUAAAAUAGCUUAGCGUGGAAGUGCACGCUUUCCAGGAUGAGUUUAAAUGUAAAUUGGAGGAAUAGGUGAUGUGUUUUGCUGAUGUUCUCUAGCGAGUAGGAGAACAUUGUCCUUUACCAUGAAAUUGGAGAGCAUUGAUCAUCCAAACAUAAGCACUGGCUCCUUGGUAAUGCUUUGCUUGUAAAAUGCUGUGUUUUGCCACAGAUGGACAUUUGAGCUCUGUCAACUUACUGCGCUGAAUAUAUGCAGAUCUGCAAAGCUAGAGAGCACCUCCGUAAUGUGCCCAGAGAGAAUGAUCACUAUUUGUAGUGCAGCGCAGAAGAAAAGCUGCUAAAAGCAGACUGUCACCUAGGUUUCAGAACAGAGAAAAAGGAAUGUAAACAAUUCUUGCGCAGUGUAGUUUUGAAAUUGCUUUAGUGUCUAGUGCUUACAUGUUCUCGCGUUGCACGAUAAGAAGCUAUUUUCAUCUUUUUACCUCAGUGCCCAUAGGUUAAAUUAAAUCCAAGAACAGUCAGCCUCAGUCUGGUUGAAACUGUUUUCUUCCAUUAGAAGAGAAGUGAAAGUGCUGGUUCAGCACUAAAGGAAAAAAUGAUUUUUCCCACUUGUUACAGAAAACUGCAAAGAGCCGUAUUCCAUUAGUGGGUGACAUGGGGAAAUAGUUUUCAUGCAGCUGAAGCUGACACUGUCUUGUUCGUUCGUUUUUUUUUAUGCAGCCCUAAAAUAUAGGAAUCUAAAUGACUAUUGCAUGAUACAACCACUCCACUCAGAAUAACUCCACUGAAAUCAAUGCCGUUGCUCUGGAUUUGCAGUGGAAUGACUCAGAACAGAAUGUUUUAUAUUUGUAGGCUCUUGUUCAAACAGGCAUUAAUUCAGGGCCCAUGAUAUACAGGAGGUCAGACUAGCUGAUGACAGUGAUAUGUUCCAUCGUAGUUGAGUACGCACAUCAGCUUGCAGGACUGGUUUUAUAGAGCUGAAGUGUGUUGGUCCUUGAUGGAGCAAAACUCCCAUUUGAGCUGGAGUUCUGCGUGAAAUUGGCCAUAAUAUGUUCUAGUCGAUCUUUUAGCUCUAUUGAAAAUUAAAUCCAAGAACACUUGUUUAUAAAUUUGCAUUGGGGUUGUUGCAACUCCCUCCAUAAAUCUUUUUACAACUUCACAAAUGUUCAGCAUGCAGGUUUUCCUUUUCCAUAAAAUUGAAUUUGCUGAAAUCUCAACUAUUCAAAGUUUUGAUAUUAUAAACUCUAAUUCAACAGCCAACCAUAACCUGAGAUAAAGACCCAAAUAAUCUGUCUUUUUUUCUUCUUUGAAGGGUGUAUGUUAGUAAUUUAAGCAGUGUUCCUCUACUGUUACUAAUACUCUAGCAUGUUAACAUUGAAGUGAUUUUAAAUAUUUUACGUUGCUUUUUAUUUUAUGUUGGGGGGAGGGUGCGAUUUCCUUCAGCCUGGACAGUGAAAAUAGUCUCUCAUACUUCUCUUUACUCAUUUUCAGUUCCUGGUGUUCUCAAAUUAGGAGGAUGCUGUAGAGCAGAUGGGUGGCAAACACUUCAGGGGAAAUGUUUCCUUUGAAAUGUUUAAGCCCUGAAGGUUCCUGUCUGUAAAGCUUUUAUUUAUAACAUCUACAUUUUUGUUGUAAAGUGACUUGUCAUUUCCCUUUCAAGUCUUUUCAUUUGGGGAGCAAAUAAACAGCAAAGCAUUCCAAUAACAAGUUACAUGGUACCAAGUGCUGAGAGCAAAGGGUUCUGCUGAUUAUAUUCCAUCUCAUGAGUUACAAUCUUAGUUAAGCUUUGAAGAGAGAAAUAAGUACUGUAAAUACAUUUAUUACUUGUAUAUUUAAAUAAAAAACACCACAGAGAAUGGAAUCAGUAAUGAUCCGUCUGGAUUCACACAGGGCCUAAUUCUGGGGUUGGGGGUGGAGGGAAUAGGUGCUAAACACCCACAGCAUCCAUCAGGCCUGUGUAUGGCGCUUGAGAGGAGAUGCAGCAGAGCUGGGCAGAAAGACUGUCAAUUACCCAAACCCAAAUUCCCCCCUUGGUUUGGGGUGCAGUACCGUAAUAUCUAGUGAAAGACUUGUAAAUAGUGUUCCUGAGAUAAGGAACUACUAGUAUAAAAUGUAAAACCCCUUUUGGGGACUACAAUUUCAGCUGCAUGGUGGAUGCAACAGUGCUUCUGCCAGAUAUUUUAAGUCCUGAGUAUACUUUCAGAAGGCAGGAGAAUUGACCUCUUCCUCUGCUAUGAGAGUCUUACCCACCACUGCCCUACCUGCACUUCUUUGUGAUUACACCAUUGUCUACCAAAGAUGUUGCCAUUACCUGUUUUCUUGGUUCUUGAGAAUGAGCAUGUAGGAAUUGGGGUGCAGCUAAAUUAAGAAAUCAACAGGUGCCAAUGUACAGCAUGAAGAGAUAAGGCAGGUGUUUUGCAAGAGGUGGCAGGCUUGUGCCCCUGUGGAGUAGAUGCUGUUGCACAUUUGUAAUAUAAUAAUUAUCUAGAGCAGUGGUUUUCAACCUUUUUUUCAUUUGCGGACCACUGAAAAACUUCAAAGGUGCAAACCCCUUUGGAAAUUCAACCUCUGGUCCACACAGCCCUACCACAGAAGUCAGACUGGAAACUGAAAAGAAUUCAAUCAGUGUUACAUGUGCAAGGCACAGCAUUUGACACAGUGGGAGAAAGGGCACUAAACUGUGGGCUUCUGUGGGUUGAUGUAUUCAUGUACUUUUGAUGUAUCAGAAGAACAGAAUGCCUUCUCUGGGAUCUGAAACUUUAUUUUCAUAGUCACAUUUCACAGACACCUUAGACAGUCUGUGGACCACAAGUUGAAAACCACUGAUCUAGACACAUUAAGUCCCCAUCUCACCAUUCAGGAAAAAUAAUGUAAUGUAGUAAAACACUCAGAGCAAUUUGCUUUCUCAGUCUUUUGCUGCAGUGGUGAGUAGUUCCGUAUGCUGCAGUGGUAUAGAGCUUGUAUUUAAACAGAAAACAAAAUGGGGUUGGUUUUCCUGUCUGCUUCGUCAUAAGUUGUAACUAACUUUGUUGAACUACCAUGGAACAAGCAUUAACUGGAACAUCAGCGCUUGUUUCACGGCUUACACUAACUGUUAGCAGCCACUGAUGGUGUCCUUUAAAAUAGUGGAGAUGCACAUGUAAAAAAAUAUUACAAUGAUUUGUCUGUGCAGCAAGCUUGUACUGAAAAUGCUGUAAAUACGUUCAUAUGUUUACUGCUUUAAAAAAAAUUGCACAUUUUAUCUUUGAAUGGGACUGCUCCCCCCCCCCCCUUUCAAAACAAAAAACAAGGCUCUUUGAAACUCUGACAAUUUCAGGUUGGGGGGAGCUUUGCCAUGUUAUAAAUAUAUAUAAAUAUAUGUAUAAAUAUACUUUUUUAAGCAUGGGAGAGGACAAAAGAAAUACUGCAUUAUAAAGUACCCACUAUAGCUCAUUAUACAAUAGAAUAUGCACAAUUCAAUAAAGAUGUAGUUAAAUUUAA